UUGGAUGCACACAUUGAAUGAAAGUCAGUGUAGCAGGCUGUGGCCACCAGCGACUGGGAAUAUCUGCACACAGUCAAGUUAUCUUACAGUUUAGAGUAUAGGCAGCUGGUGAGACUGUAUCAGCAGAGAUAAGCUUACACAUUGGCAAAAGACAGGUAGAAGAUAUUGGUGAAAGAGGAAGGACCAGGCUGUGUGUGGCAAUGCAGCGGGUCACGGCGCGGCUCGUCGCCGGUCUGUUCGCAGCGGUGCUGUCGCUGCUGGCAGAGCAGUGUUUGGCGGACGGCGGGGCCCCCAGCCUUUCUGAACGGGUCAUCUGGGCUGUAAAUGCCGGGGGUGAAGCGCAUGUAGACGUGCACGGUAUUCACUUCAAAAAGGACCCGUUGGAAGGAAAAAUUGGUAAAGCCUCUGAUUAUGGGGUGCGUCUGCCAAUUCUGCGUUCCAGUCCAGAGGACCAGAUUCUGUAUCAGACAGAGCGCUAUAACGAGGACACUUUUGGAUAUGAUAUCCCCAUUCGUGAGGAGGGAGACUACAUACUGGUUAUGAAGUAUGCAGAAGUUUACUUCGCCCAGUCACAACAAAAGGUGUUUGACGUCCGUCUGAACGGCCAUGUGGUGGUGAAGGACCUGGAUAUCUUUGAUCGAGUGGGUCACAGUACCGCUCAUGAUGAGAUAGUGCCUUUCUCUAUUCGACGUGGGAAGCUGAGUGUGCAAGGAGAGGUGUCCACUUUCAACGGAAAGCUCACUGUGGAGUUUGUAAAGGGUUAUUAUGACAACCCCAAGAUCUGUGCUCUUUACGUGAUGAAGGGCACGUUAGAAGAUGUACCAAAACUUCAGCCUCACCCUGGCUUGGAGAAGCACGAGGAAGAUGAGGAAGAAGAGGAAUACAGUGAAGGAGGCGAGGAAGGUGGGAAGAAAAAGGUCCCAACAGGUUCUAAGUACAGGGUCCAGUCAGGCCCCCGAACACCAAACCCAUACGCAGCCGACAACAGCAGCCUAAUGUUUCCCAUUCUUGUGGCGUUUGGGGUGUUCAUCCCCACACUGUUCUGCCUCUGUCGGCUGUGAGCUCAAACUAGCGGUUGAGGAGACGUAAGGAGGACAAGACGGAGGUGAAACUAUGAAGAGAGGGGGAGAGAAGGGGGGGAGGGGGUCAAGGUGACAACAUCAGCACAGGUUAAAGCAUACACACGGGAGAGAGCUGAAGGCUUGGAGAAAAUCAGGAUGACGAAAGGAACAAAAAGAGACAAUAACUUUUCGGAAAGCCACUGCAAGAUGAAACAAAUGCUGCUGGUGAAUUGUACCGUUGAGGAAGGAAAAGGAGAUGUAGGAAGUGUAUGCUGUGCGCUUCUUUGUGAAUGUGUUUCGCAUCCACCUCUGCUGACCCUUUUGAACAAUAUUAGUCAUUUCCACUCCGACUGGGCAGGAUUUACAUAUACCAGUCUUCACGGUUUGAAACCACAUUUCAGCAGCUAAGAGAUGCUCAGGAGUGAUUGGUCUGGGCCCGGUUUAUAAACUAGAAGCAUUGUUUUGUUCUGGGUGUUGCAGGGAAGCACACUCUGUUUAACCCUCCUGCUCAGCAUCUGGUCAGACAUGUUACCUUUGAAUUGGAAAUGGUGCUGCUUAGAAAUUGGUCAAGUAGAAUAGAAACCAUGAGUCACACGGUUAGUGGAAUUACAGUUGCCAUUUGAGAGACUCCCACUUUCUCUCAACUCGUUGCAUUUUUGUGUCUGUCCACUCAGAUCUAGUUAGUCCUGCGUUGACGUGCCAUCAUCUGUUUGCCAUAAGAUGCUGAAAGAAGAAAGAACCAGCUGUGUAGCUGGCAGGAUUAUUCGCUGUCUGCUGUCUUAACUCGGCUUGCCUUUACAUAAAUAUUGGUUAGGUUUCACAAACUUGUUGACUAAGGGUCAUAAAAAGUGUCCUCAAAAGUAAUCACAAAUUGAAAGUCCUUGUUGGAUUCUUUUCUUUUUUGUUUUUAAAGGAUAAAUUCGUUUUAAGCUUCAGACUUCACACGGUGAGAAUGUUGAACCUUCAGCGUUUUCUUUCAGUAACAGACACCGUACUUGCAUUUAGUGAGAGGCAAAGUUUAUGCUGUGAAAGUGAGUCGUGAUCAUUACAUUGCUGUAUUUUAGGUGAUCUUUGCCUUUUUCUAUUCAUUCAUUCAUUAUGCAUGCCUGCCUUUUUUGUUUCACCAAAGAAUGUCUUUUCUUUUGUCAGACAAGGAAAACUUGAUGACCCGUUUAAUUCAACAGAUAGCUUGCAAAUUCAUGUCUGUGACGUUUCUGUGGGGGUUUAACGGUUUAACUGGGCGUGAUUGGGCGUACAGCACGCUCACCACAUAAAAUCGAUAAUAACAGCUGAUUCAGUGGAUCAGAGUUUUUCCACUUUUUACAUCAUGGCUAGACUGGAGGGGGAAGUUAUCAUUCUUUUUGUUUGUUUGUUUUUGAUUUAAAACAGAAUGCUGUGUUGACUCUGAUAGGCCGUGAGCUUCAGUCCAUGUUAUCUGACUCUGAGAGAACAAGACACUGCAGCUCAGUGCUAAUAUAACAAACCUGUGCCAGCUAAUGUACGCGUUUCAUACAAAGUCGCUCUGUGUUUACCACAAGUUCAUCCACCUGCAGUAAGAGAUGAGAAAGCACAACAGUACACAAAGUAGAAAAUCAAAUGUUUACCAGAUGUUCCAGAUCAACAUUGGCUCAGUGUUUCCACAUAGUUCACUCAGCCUGUUCAGAUCUGUCGUCUUAAACCUUUUUUAAACGCGGACUGUUUUGUUUUGUUAAUUCAGUGUGAACUUUCAGUGCAAUUAAGCUACUUGUUCCGGUCCUUGAAUUGAUUGAACAAACUGGGGGAUAAAACGUGAUCUUUGAUCCUUUGGAUUUUUUUUUUUUUUCUACAUGGCCAUAUUAUCAGAGUCCGCUUCGACUGUCUUUUAGUCUCGACUUUUGGACUAGGACACCACUUUCUGCUUUAUAUGCAAACUGAAAAGCAGCUUUGUUCUUUGUUUUUAGUAGAGUUGUGUUGUGAACCCUCCUAUUUAUGUAUCUAGUUACCUCCCUUAAGUGCUUAGCUCUACUCCAAGGACAAUUUUGUAACUUUGCCUGUUUCACUAAUGCGUCUUAAAUGUCCCCCGACUCCCUCCCUCCCUCCCACCAGUAUUGCUGUUGCCAUAUGCAGUACUUGAAAAACGGUUAAUAAUUCAGGUGUUGCGGAUCCUCCCUCACUCCUCGAUUCUCCUUCCCAUUUUGAUUGAUGUUGGGCAAGAAGUCAGUGCCAGAAAAUAUUCAGUCAAGUCGUUGACGGUUUUGGGGGUUUCUGUUGUUCUUCGUUUUUGUUGUAAACUCAACUCAACAUAUUUAAGACAUAUAAGCACCUUUUUUUUUCCUCUGAAAAGAUGCAAAAAGUUUAAAUUUAAAUUCAGCACCAAAGUCACCGUGUUCUGUUCCUCUGCAAGUCUACACAGUUGCGUGUGUAUAUAAGGUACAAGAUCACACGUUUUAUUGUGUGACAACAGUUUUGAUCUCAUCACUUUUGUGCUGUAGCUGAGGUGUAAGGGGUGUCUUGUUUUGGUUUUUUUUUGUUUGUGGUAAUUUUUCUUGUGAAGAAGACUUUGUGGCCUUUCUUCUGGGGAGGAACGGUUGUUGGUACAGAGUAUAAAAAAAUUUAACGGGCAGUCAGAUGAACUGACUGUCGGAAAGUCAAAUAGAUGAGAUUAUGUCUGAAAAUGUGGGAUCUUCCAUUCUAUUAUAUAUAAUUUAAAUCUGAGUGGGGCUGAUCUGGAGAUAUUUUAUAAUACGCUUGGAUUUGUAUGUUUGAAUUUUUUCCUCAGGAUCUGUUUUGUUUUUGAGUUUUUAAAACGUGAUAUUUUAUUGGUGUGACAUUUUGCACUGCCUCAUGUAUUUUAAAAUCGUCAUUUUUUGUGUGUGUGUGUUUGUCUUUGUUGCCUUGAAUUAUUGAAUACAACGUGCUUUACCAUCA